AUGGUCCAAGGAUUCAAGAGCAAGAAAACGACAACGACCCCAAAGAACAACCGCCAUAAAGCUCAGCUGGUCAAGAAGGGCGGCCGAGUUGUCCCGCCUAACAAACCAGCAGCAGUGACUCAGAAAAUGAGGAAAGAGAAAGUAUCCAAGAGCGUGACGGGAGAGAUCGAGCAAAUGGUGGUCUCCAAGUCGGUCGGAAAACUAACCAUCAUGAAGCAUCUCAAGGAAGCCGAGAAGACCUCGAGCUCAAAAACCACCAAGUAA